CGUUGUUAUAACGUUGGUGCCGGUGGCUAAUUAGGCUGCGUACACACGGAAACAUGAAGGCAACGAUAUUAUUUUGUCUGAUGUCAUUGUACGCGGUUGCUGGUUGCCAUCAAGGCGGCCAAGAAUGGUGGCGGACAAUGUCGCUUUAUCAGAUUUAUCCCAGGAGCUUUAAAGACAGCGACGGGGAUGGCGUGGGCGAUUUGAAAGGUAUUAUAAGCAAGUUAGACCAUCUGGUCGAAUCGCACGUCGAUGCUUUCUGGGUGUCACCUAUUUAUCCUAGUCCAAUGGUCGAUUUCGGCUACGAUAUUUCCGACUACCGCAACAUCGAUCCCAUUUUUGGAACAAUGAAGGAUUUUGAGGAUUUGCUGGAUGCCGCUCACAGCAAAUCCUUGAAAAUGAUCAUGGACUUUGUGCCUAAUCAUACAUCGGAUAAACACGAAUGGUUCCAAAAAAGUUUGCAGAAUAUAAAACCGUACAGCGAUUUCUACGUCUGGCACGAAGGCCGAAAACUUGAAAAUGGCACCAUGGCGCCACCAAAUAAUUGGGUGAGUAUGUUCGGUGGAUCCGCGUGGAGGUGGCGACCGGAACGACAGUCGUAUUAUUUGCAUCAAUUUGCACCGGAACAACCGGAUCUCAACUACAAUAACGAAGAUUUGAUGAACGAAAUCCAGGACGUACUCAGGUUUUGGUUAAACAAGGGCGUAGAUGGCUUCAGGGUGGACGCGAUACCUUUUCUUUGCGAGGAUUCUAGAUUUUUGGACGAACCGUUGUCAGGAACUACCGAUAAUCCAAAUAAGAACGGUUACACGAUCAAGAAAUAUACCCAGAACCAACCCCGCACCUACGAGAUCGUGAAGGGCUGGAGCAAGGUCCUGAAGGAGUACAAAGGAGACAGAGCUAUGAUGAUGGAGGUGUACGCGGAUAUACCGAACACGAUGAAGUAUUUCCCCAGCGGUGCCAGUUUUCCCUUCAACUUUUUAAUGAUCACGGAUCUGAAUAUAAAUUCAACGGUGGCGGAUUACAAGGAUCUGAUCGACAGAUGGAUGAAAAACAUGCCACGCGGCAGCACAGCUAAUUGGGUGGCAGGAAAUCACGAUCAAUCGAGAUUGGCGACUCGAUUUGGGCCUGAACGAGCUCGAGUGGUCACCUUGAUGACGCUUUUAUUGCCCGGUGUCAGCGUGACGUACAACGGCGAUGAAAUCGGCAUGGUGGACACUUGGAUUUCGUGGAAGGACACCAAGGAUCCGCAGGGAUGCAACGCCGGUGAAGAUGAAUACGAAACGAUGUCCAGGGACCCUGCUAGAUCCCCGUUCCAGUGGGACAAUACCACUUCCGCCGGAUUUUCCACGAACUCGACAACUUGGCUUCCAGUCAAUGAAAACUACCAGACUGUGAAUUUGGAAACGGAGAAAGCAACGAUGGACUCUUACUAUCAUUUCUACAAUAGCAUCGCGUGGCUGAGGAAAGCGCCGUUCGUCAGAAAAGGAAAUCUAAUUACAAACCUCUUGACUAAAAAUGUUUUACUGAUCUCUAGGGAGACUCCGGAGGACGGGUCUGUUUACGCAAUAGUAAACCUCGGUAACUCGCAAGAAAUUGUCGACUUAUCGGUGCUCGAUAACGUAUCGUGCCGUUUGAACGUGUACUAUGCGACGAUUAACUUUGAUUUAACGUUAGGGUCCGCCUUCUGCCGCAUCAGGAAUGUAAACGUGCCCCCGCAUGGAAUACUGGUUUUCCUCAAAUAUUAGCACGAACAACUGUACGAAAGCAUCGCACCGUCGCGAAGCUCUUACCCCAUUUAGAACCAACCUCUGCGUAUCGCCAAAUUUAUUGCAAUCUAGUUAAUAGCUUUUAUUGCGCCAUUGAUAAAAAGUGCAAGUGGUGUGGAAUUUGUUUAUGGAACAUGAAAACCGAACCGAUCUCCUCGAGAACUAAAUGCGUAUGCAGAGAGACACGCAUACUCGGAAGCUUGUAUAUGAAAAUAAAAUAAAAUAAAAUAAUUUAUAUUAUU